AUGUUACAUGUUAGCUGCGAGACAGUUAUCAAUCGCUUCUUUCGAUUCCCCAAAUUGUUGGAUAUAGAUGCCAAAAAUAGAAUCAAGAUUCACAGAGGUAGCAGAACAACAAAAUUGAUCUAUGUGAGUUUGCUUGAAAUCAUCGAUAAAAUCAACACUUCAAUCUUCUCCCCGGAUACAACUUAUGUUGCUCUUCUUGUGUUUAAAACAACAUCGAAAGCUUAUGGGUUUGAGUACCAACUGGUAGACGUCUGUAUUGGUUUUAAUGGCGACCGGAGUCAAACCCGGAUGGUGUAUCUCGACCCUGAAGUAGGGUGGAGACGAGGACUCCGAUCAAGGAGAGGAAUUAGGAUGUUUAGCAAAGUAGGAUUUUCAAGUUGGGAUGUGCCUUUUCCUUCUAAAGAGAAUGGUCCGAAGCAAAGAGACGAUGGGUGGUUUGCGAUUGAGAUCGAAGAACACUUUAAUGGCGGUGGUGAUGCGGUGGAACUGGAGCUGCGUGUGGAGAAGGUGAAUGGGGGGAGUUGGAAGACUGGUCUUGUUAUUCAAGGCAUCGAGUUUAGGCUUAAAAAAUUGCAAAAAUUGUAA